CUCAUUGCCACACUCGACGGGUCUCCCAUUCACAGAUCACAUCCGACCUAAAUCGUUUAUUGACUCGACAAAUCAAAAGCAUAGAAGGACCUUCUCUGCUACUAUCCAUAUACACCAUUGGGGCUUUCACAGUCAUCGUCGCAUCGCGUCUUGAACAGCAUCCUCCCAUUCCGGACGCUUCUAUAUAACUUUCCGCGACCUCGUUCGAACCACAUUCAUGGUGGCUUACUCUUCGCGUUCCCCCUCCUUCCAGAAGCCAUAUACCUAUCCUGAGCCUCCACGAAGAAUGGCGCGCUUCAGAGCCAGCAAUAUUCUGGGCGACCCUUUUGCGCUCGCGACCACGUCCAUCUCAAUUUUGGCUUGGUUGAUCGCAUUCAUCUCGUCCAUCGUCACUGGCGUACAUGGCGGAUACCCCACCUAUUCGUGGUGGGCUGUUGCUUACUCCUUUUGCUGCAUUGCUGGUAUGGCGCUUGUCUUCGGCACCGAUACUGGUACCGUCUACAACAUAGCGAUCGUGGGGUAUCUUUCCGCUGGUCUUGUUAUUACAACAAUCUCCAUCAACUCGUUAGUCUAUGCGAACAGCGCCGCAUCGCAAGCUGCCGGUGCUGGGUUCAUUCUUUUGGCUAUGGUUAUUAUCAUUUGGAUAUUCUACUUCGGAUCUAGCCCUCAGGCUUCGCAUCGCGGCUUCAUCGAUUCGUUCGCCCUUCAGAAGGAAGGUGCUGGCUCGUAUGGAAAUGGCAGGCCUAUGUCAACCGCCUUCGGCAAUAGACCCGAGACGACAUCCAGCCAGCCCCCGCAGAUGUACACGUCCGCCCAACUCAAUGGCUUCGAGACUUCUUCCCCCGUGUCGGGCUACCCCGGUGGAGCCCCUGGCUCCGAACACCGCAGCUCCUCGCAGCCCCGCUUCGGCAACCCGUCCGCCACGAACCUGCCUAACAAUGGCACACCAGAUGAGGUUCCCCAGCCAACGGAAUAUCCGUACCGUGCGAAGGCCAUCUAUUCGUAUGAGGCCAACCCCGAAGACGCCAAUGAGAUCAGUUUCACCAAGCAUGAGAUUUUGGAGGUGUCUGAUGUGAGCGGUAGAUGGUGGCAGGCCAGGAAGGCCACCGGAGAGACCGGUAUUGCUCCAUCCAACUACCUGAUCUUGCUGUGAUCGAUGCAGAGCAAUCCACGGUGUCACGUCCUUUCCUUCUUCUGUCUUUCUGGUCUGUCAUGGUUCUCGCUAUUUUGUCGCGAGAGAAAAAUCAGUUUUUGAUACCCUUCGAGUAGUAUCACUCGGCGUGAUUCUGGUUCGCGAAGUCAUGUUACGUUUUGAUGGCCCUGUGUAUUCUGUUGGUUUAUUUGUCGUUCACUAGAGACCUUUCUCUUCGUUUUGUUGUGCGUGUUGGCAUAUUUGAAUUAUGUGUGCUCCCCGACUCCUUCAGCGGGAAUUUGUGCUGUUGAUAUGUUAUGUAUG